AUGUGCGCAGUCGCAUACUGGCGAUGGUACGUAAAUAAAGAUAUAUGUAUGUCAUUCAUAGCUAGCAAGUGCCGUGUCGCGCCCGUGAGUCAUACUACCGUGCCGCGUUUGGAAUUGCAAGCUGCUUUAUUGGCUGCGAGGUUGGCAGAUACAAUAAUCAGAGAACACAAAAUAAAUCCAGUAAGGCGUUAUUUUUGGUGCGACUCUAGUACCGUGCUACACUGGAUAUGUAAUAAUACACGUAGCUAUAAAACGUACAUAGCAAACCGGCUGGGUGAAAUAGACGAGCUAAGCCGCCCUGAGGAGUGGCGGUAUGUACCUACAAAAUUAAAUGUUGCUGAUCUCGCUACGAGAGAAAAUUACGACGAUUCUCUUUUUAAAAAUGAAUGGUUUAGAGGUCCGUCAUUCUUAUACAGCGAUGAGUCAUCGUGGCCGGUGAAUAUAAUCGAUAAGAUAAAUGAAAUGAGUUUAGAACGAGUAAUGAUAAUACAACAUGAAGAUUGUAACUUACCUGUACCUGACCCAGGAAGAUUUUCAUGCUGGUUACGACUGGUGAGGGCUACGGCAUGUAUUCUAAAAUUUAUAUACAAGUGUAGAAAGCAGAUUGAGACUGUUUGCACAGUCAUGAAGAGGGCUGAGCGAUUGCUGCUAAAAUAUACACAAGAACAGUCAUUCGGUGAUGAAAUAGCUGCAAUUAAAAAUGGUAACUGUUUGUCAAAAGGUAGUAAGUUACUUACGUUAUCUCCAUUUCUGGAUGAGUACGGGAUUCUCCGUGUCGGCGGCCGCAUAGAUGCUGCACCGGAUGUUGAACCUGAAAUGAAGAGACCUAUCAUCUUGGACGGGCGUAGUCAGGUAUCUCAAUUAAUUGUUAGAUACAACCAUGUGAAGACAGCCCACGGGAACCAGGAAACCGUUGUAAACAACCUGAAACAGAAAUAUUGGAUUAUUAGAAUACGUCCAACCGUAAAACAUGUAGCAUAUAAAUGUAUGUUUUGUAGAAUAAAAAGAGCAAAACCACAGGUACCGAGAAUGGGAGAGCUGCCUGAAGCACGACUGGCUCAUCAUCAGCGUCCUUUCACACACUGUGGUCUGGAUUUGUUUGGACCCAUGGAGGUCACUGUGGGGAGACAUAGAGAGAAAAGGUAUGGAGUUUUAUUUACUUGUUUGACCGUCCGUGGAAUCCACUUAGAACUGGUAUCAUCACUUACCUCUGACUCCCUCAUUAUGGCUCUUCGUCGAAUGGCAGCAAGACGGGGUUGGCCUCGUAUGCUGUACUCUGAUAAUGGUACAAACUUGAGAGGCGCUGAUGCUGAGCUGAAGAAGUCUAUAAAUGAGGUAGAUUUUGAUAGGCUAACAAAUGAAGCAGCUAAUAAUGGAGUGGAAUGGACCUUCAUCCUGCCUGCCAGUCCCCACUGGGGUGGGGCAUGGGAGCGACUUAUUAGGAGUGUAAAGACUUCACUUAGGGUAAUUUUAAAAGAACGUGCACCACGUGAAGAAGUACUCAACACGCUCCUGACGGAAGUUGAGAAUAUUGUCAACAGUCGACCCUUGUCACAUGUAUCGGUAGAAGUAGGUAGUAGUGAGUCUCUAACUCCUAAUCAUUUUAUGUUGGGUUCGUCAUCAAAUUUGCCAACUGUUGGUGUAUUUAAUGACUCUGAUUUGUACCUACGUAAACAGUGGCGUAAGGCGCAGAGGCUCGCUGACAUGUUUUGGAAGCGGUGGGUCAGAGAAGUGCUUCCUGACCUAAUACCUAGGCGUAAAUGGCAGUACGACCAGACACCGAUACAGGUAGGUGAUUUUGUACUUAUUGUCGAUCCUGAUGCACCUCGUAAUUUCUGGCUGAAAGCUGUGGUUCAGCAGGUGUUUCCAGGAAGGGAUGGUCGUGUUUGGGUCGUAGAAUUGAAAACUAAGACUGGCAUUUUGAAACGGCCGGUGACGCGUGUCGUUCGUAUUUCGAUGGAUAAUGAGUGCUGA